ACUGAUCGCGAGCAAGGGGUACCCCGUAGAGGAGUAUGACAUGGUCACAAGUGACGGCUACAUCCUCACCGUGCAAAGGAUCCCCGGGGGUCGGGAUGAUAAGCCGUCAAAAGCCGUUCGUCCGGUAGUGCUUCUUUGGCACGGUUUGCUUUCGAUUUCAUCCUGCUGGGUGAACAAUUUCGCCAAUGACAGCCUCGGUUUCAUGCUGGCGGACGCCGGCUUCGACGUGUGGCUUGGCAACAGCCGCGGGAACACGUACGGACGCCGCCACAAGACGCUGAAUACUACGGACAAGGCAUUCUGGCAGUUCAGCUGGGACCAGAUGGCGCAAUAGGACCUCCCGGCCGCCAUUGACCGGAUACUAGCUAUCACCGGCGCCAGCAGCCUAUUAUAUGGCGGUCACUCGCAAGGGGGCGCCAUCAUGUACGCGCUCAUGUCACAUGACCCAUCAUACGCCACCAAGGUGAAGCUGUUCGUCGCCCUUGCCGACGAGUCCUAUCAAGUACCUCGCGCCAUUCUCGAAGGGUCUAGGCCCCAUUGGAGAACUACUGACGCACGGGGAGUUGCUACCGCACAGCGAGGUGUACGACUAUCUCGCCAAGAACGUGUGCAAUCAGGCCAUCAUCCCUGUAUUGUUCUGCGAGAACCUGAUGUUUGUCGUCAGUGGCUUCGACGUGGAACAAAUGAACAUAUCCCGUGUGCCAGUCUAUAUGGGCACUCACCCUGCUGGAACUUCGAUCCAGAACCUGCUGCACUUUGCUCAGAUGGUAGAGAACCCCAACUUUCAGAUGUACGAUUAUGGACCAGCAGAGAACAUGAAAAUCUAUCACCAGAAAACCCCGCCUGUGUAUGACAUGAGCAAGAUCAAAGUUCCCAUCGCGAUAUAUCACGGCACAAACGAUUGGCUGGUUGGUCCGACUGACGUCACAAGAUUGAUAGCAGCCACACCCACUCUUGUGUCGAAGAAGUUGAUUAGUGGAUGGGAACAUCUCGACUUCAUUUGAGCAAUGGAAGCGCCGCAGCAAUGCUACUAUGAUGUCAUAGCUUCGU